AGAAAACAUGGCUGACGAGGACGCGUAAGCAUCAUUCUGCAGCGACAUCGGAGCGUCGUCAAUUAUGGUGAGAUUACCAACCAAGCUAGCCUCUGAUUCGGCAAAAGACGAUGACCUUUCUUGACCUCCGUGACGUCAUUGCGCGUUAUUUUCUUUUCUUGUGCGUGCUUCCAAGGCAACAACCACUUGGGUGAUGUGUUAGCACAGCAUCAACAUUCCCCAGUGAAGUAGUGGAAAGAGCCAACCUAACCUGCCACUUCAUGCAGUGCAGAGCACCUCUAAUCGCCAGGGUCUAAGAGCUUCGCGCAGAAAAAAAAGUAAAGGGAUUCAGCGAUUACACCAGAGAGGCUCUCCAUCUUUUGUGAACCGUUAACCGACGACAUGUCGCCUCUUCCGCCCAGGGAAGGUUUGAUUGAUUGAUUCGGCGCCAUCUGGUACGGUUUACCUUUGCACCUACGCCAAAACAAAAAGGGAAGGACACGAGCCGUCACCAUGUCUGAGCUCAGAGACAGAGAGGGGAGAGGCAACCGAAACAGCGGCGGCGGCGGCAGCAGUAACGUAACACCCUCACGAUCUGAAGUCAUGGAGAAGACACUAGGCGAGCUACGGGGGAAGGUCACCGAAGUCACCGAUGAGUCCUUCAACAAGGCGUGGGACCGGGUGUAUGGUAACAAAGAGUACCGGCCUUCAUGGGUGGGGAAGAUCACGGACGGGGGACGGCAACGCGGAGGGCGCGGACUACCCCCGCCAAAGCCACUCUAUGUGCCCGGUGCUGGCAUACGGCCAGAGCCGGCCGCCGCUCAAGGGUCGACGGGGCCCGCCCAUGACAAGGCGCUGAGGAAGAUUGAGGAGGAGCCGCCUCCCAAGCCGAGGCUCAAGCCCCAGAAGUCACACGAGGAGAUCAAGUCCAAGCAGUACGCCGGCAUCCCGGAGCAGUUCCGGGCCAAGCAUGUGCCCAGCCCGCUGAAAAUCGGUGGGAAAGUCGUGCCCCAAGAGCAAGAAUUGGACACCUGGAAGGAUGCCAUUGCUUCGGAUGAAGUCAGCGGUGACGGCAAGCCGGUGUACAACAAAGUGGUGAAGCAGACCAACAUCACCGGCUGGAUGGACAACAAUAACUACUGGGAGCCCAAGACGACUAGUCUCACUUCCAACCUGCCACCACCGCCCCGCAGACGGCAUAAGCCCAGGAUUCAGAACCACAUCGUCACGGCCAACUACGACAUGGUGGGCAAGUACGAGAACAAGGUCCGGCGACAGGACUUGAAGAUCGGCGCCCAGGAGCUGCCGGCCGAGAAGGAGCUGAAGACCUGGGGAGAGGAUCUGGAAAUCCCAGAUGAUUUGGGGGCGACUGAUUACAGCCAGGAGGACGCCAAGGUUCUAGAGACGGCCGGCAGCUCGCCUCGUCGACAGAAGUGGAAUGCUGUGCUGAAACACUCCAAUGUCCCCGGGUUCUUCACCCACAAUAACUACUGGAAGUAAACCAGGACCUUCCUUUAAAGAGUCCCCGCUAAUCAUCUUCCAAUUGUUGACAGCCGACGUAACGAUGAAAACACAGCAAUGAGCGACGAUUGUGUGAUGAAAAUCUACCCUUGGCAAAGCAAUGCAAAACUUAUAAUCGAUCGCAAACGAAGCGUUUCGGCAUCUGAAGUGGUCUUUGAUGUCAACGACACUCCAGUGUGUCCCUUCUUUGAAUGAUAAAAAAGGUGGCUGAAUCGUUUGAAUAACUAUGAUUUGACCUUUGACGGCUUAACCUAAAUAUACAGCGCCCUCUGUUCACUUCCAGGGUCACAGUACGUCGUCUUUCAAUAAUCUUCAAAUCACUUCGCGUAGUUCUCUAUUCGUAGCGCUUAAAGUUUUUGUUUUGCUGCAUCCCUAAUUUUUAAAACUUGCCACAGCGAAACUUUCAGUAAAAGAGUGACAAAUGGGACGGCUUGGUUGCACAAACAAGUCAGUCCGUCGCUGUCCUUAUUUUGAACAAGUCAGUCUGUCGCUGUCCUUAUUUUGAGCAUGUGCUUGGUUGCGUUACGAGACACAGGACUUGAAGAACACGCCGUUAGACUACUGCCUCAAGUCACGUAGCACCAUAUGGCCGUGUCCGAAACGGGCUUCCAGAGCUACGGCUGGGUCUAUUGUCUGCGUGUCGACGCGUAUUUCCAAUGGAGUGGAGACCUAGACCUAGCUCUAGGCAACAGAUUUGACGCAGUCGAGCUCGGCUGGACUGAUCUUGACACGGUUUCUUGUUCUCGCGCUCGAACGGCGGGAACACGAACCCAGAACACUGUUCUUGGAACAGGACCAC